AGAGGAAUCCCUAAAGUAAAAGAAAAAUGGAAUCCACUGAAACGGUUCUUUGCACGUUGCUUGCCGUCGACCUAACUGACUAUUGCUACAGAGUUUGUUCUCGCUGCCAAAGAGUCCUUCCCUCAGACAACAAUGGCGUUACCUCUUCUUCAUUAUGCAAAUUCUGCAAAUCAAAAGAACCCAAAUUGCUCUAUCGGAUCCUCAUGUCUAUAGCAACAGAUACAUCAGUGAAAACUGUGAUCUGUUUUGAUAGAGCUGCCACUGUUCUCUUUGGUUGUUCAGCAGAUGAGUUCUUCCACUUCACCAAGCUCAAUCCUUUAACCGCAUCAAUGGUGAAUCAAGUCUUUGAUGGAGAAAUGCUAAGGAUGACAUUGACCCGGCCUCACAACCCAAACGCUCAACACAUGAGAGUUGCUUCAAUCGUUCCUCUAAGAUCAGGAUUUCAGCCUGCAAUUGUAACCUUGAGAGAGAUUUGCACAAUGAAUGCUUCUUCAGGGAGUUGCUCAACAACAAAUCACAAUCUCUAGUGUUGGAGUAAAACAUAAAUGCUACAAUCACAAACAAGUUGUUUGAUCUCAAAUACUCUCAUUCGUUGCUAAGUCCAUCAUUUGAAGAACUAGUUGUUUUGUGAGAAGAUGACUUAAGUUGUGGAUUUGGUUAUCUUUGGGAAACUUUGAUCAAGUCUCACCUAGGUUCAUAGAAUAUUUCUUAACAACAAAUUUUGGUAGGCUUUAAUGUUUGAUUCACU